CCCACUCCGUUGUUUUCGUCUAACAAUUUCAAAUUCCUUGUCCUUCUCCACCUCUGCUUCUCUCUAAUUUUACUCUCUUAAUUGGAGCAUGACAGAGUCUGUAAUCCCCAUUUCCAAAUUCCUAUGACCUUUCUCAAGUUCCCGAAUUCUAGAGUCCUCAUUGAUAUAUGUUCCUUUGCAUUGGCCUAAUUGGCCUCGGCCAUGGCCAUAUACCUUCCACUUUAAUCAACUCCGCGUUUUGUGAAUAUGGCAUCUUCCCAGCUGGAAAUUGUUCCCUCUUCGCCUUUUGGUUGUGUCCUAAGGGAUCACAACCGUAAAGAACGAUGCAGGGACAGCAAUGUGAGCAGCGUGCAAACUGUGUUCGACAAGAAUUUCAAUGACCUGGUUCGAGAUCAUAUCAAUGGCUGCAUCUCUCUCUCUUCCCCCAAAAGUCCACAAAAUCAUAAUAAUGUCGCUUCUUGGGUCAGCGCCGAACAAGGCAAUGCCAAUGCCAAUGCCAACGCCAACGCUAACCGUCAUAACUUGCCAUCAUUCUCAAACAAGAACCACCACAACAAGAAAAAGGGGGACCCUUCACCAAUCAACCCAAAGCAAUCCCCGGUUCUUGAUCGGUGGGUGACUAGGCAGUCGCAAGAUGUGGCGGUAUCCACCAUUGACAAACAGGUAAAUGAAGCAGCAGAACAAGUGUUGGCUCCUUCACAUUCAAACCCCGUAUCACCACCACCGCCACCGCCACCGAUGGCAUCAAGUUCUACCACAAAAAAUGCCCAAACUCGAUCGGAGAAUGCUUCGGUCACGCAUAAUCUUGCCGCUUCUUCCCUUGUUCAAAUAUGGGAGGCUAGGCUAAAUCGAUCCAACAGCAUAAACUCAUACCAGAAUCAAAGCAUGGAUUCCAACACUAGCAGGACAAGUUCUGGUGUAAGCUCUAACGAGAAUAAUGCCUCCCCUAUGGAAGAAUCUUCAACAAGUGAACCAUUUGAGGAAAAAAUGGAGAACAGAACAAACAAUGUAGAUUCCUUAAUAGAGUUGGAGUCACCUUCAGAUAGAACCGCGGCAGGUGAAGCAGCUUCUUCUUCUUCUUCUUCGUGUAGCAAGACUUUUGACGCUGGGGAGAUUGAAAGAGUUAGAAUUGUGGAUAUCAUCAAGAAAUUGAAAAAUUGCAGGGAAGAUGCGGAUGAUCAUGAGCAUACAGGCUCCCACUCGCAGUGUAAAGAGCCAAAGCAUUGUUCAAAACCAAAUGAAUCAUUGCGGAGGUGUUUCUCACUGGUCAUAAACUCACCCCUAAUAAGAGGGCGACAAGCAUUCCAAGAUUUUCUCGUACGGAUAGAGCGAGAUAAGAAAAGAGAGUUGGAUUCACUGGUGAAACGCCAGGCUGUUUCCAAAUUCCCACAGCGUGGCCGUGUUCAGUCAAUGCUACGGCUUAAAAGCUUACAACGCUGCCUGACUAUUCAAGAUAAAUGUCGUCCACAACUGAAUCGCUCUCAAGGGUCUACCAUUAUGCAUCUCAGGGAGAAGUUUAGCACCGGUGCUGAGCAAGGCAUGACAGCCCAGAAUGUGUCAGCUACUCCAAGAUACAUCUGUAAGGACAAAAGCUCCACUUGCAAACCCCCGCAAAGGGAAGAUACUCAUUGCCAAAAGGGGCAACAGAGUUCAUCGCCGGUUGUUAGUUUGACAACCAACAAAAAUGGAGAUGUUAAAGAACAGGCCAAGCCACCUUCAGAUGCCGUGCAACAGAAAACAAGCCUGGAAGCAAAAUCCCCUGAAUCACCAAAAAUUGCUAAGGAAACGAAGCCAUUGGAGGGUCCAUCGGAGAAUGACGUGGCAAAAAAAGAAGAUUUGAGCAGCCAACAACUCAUCCUUGGCUCACAAGAAACUGCAGAAACAGUAACCCAAAAUGAGGUUGCAAAAGCAGAGCAAGAAAAGGACCAGCAUCAACUUAUUCUUGACUCGCAAGAAACCAUGGAAACAACAACAACAACAACAACAUCCGUGGUUAGUAGCAUAGAGAAUGAGAUAGUUGAAGAGGACAUUGGUGAUCAGCAGCAUAUCUGCGUAGACCCUCAGUCUCAGGAUAUUGUAGACAAUACAUCAACAUCCUGCAUUAAUGACAGGAAUGAGAAUGAGGUUACAGAAGAAGAGGAGGAUCAUUACCAACAAUAUUUUGAUGAAACUGAUGAUUAUGAUUGGUUUAGCAAUAUAUCUCGACCUAGAAGUUAUUGGGAAGGCUUAAGGCAAGCAUGGUACGAAGAAGUGCUUAACACUACCUCAAAUAAUGAGGAGAUUCGUCAGCUCCUAGAAAGGGGAAGAGUUUCAACUUUGCUUGGCAGUGAUUUCCGAGAUACAAUGGACCGAUUAAUGACUUCUCGUGUACAAAUGCAAGCGGAUGAGGCUGAAAGUCAACAAGAAGUGGAUGAUAAGGAAGGAAUUAUAUGCAGGGGAAGAGUUUCAACUUUAUUUGACAGUGAUUUCCUAGAGAAAAUGAACCGAUUAAUGACUUCUCGUGUACAAAUGCAAGCUGAUGUUGCUGAAAGUCAACAAGAAGUUGAGGAUAAGGAAGGAAUGGUCCAACCAGUGUCUUACGAAGAAGAAGAAGAAGAAGAAGAAGAAGAAGAAGAAGAAGAAGAAGAAGAAGAAGAAGAAGAAGAAGAAGAGGAAGAGGAAGAAGAAUACGACGAUGAAGAAGAAAGGAGCUUAAGCAGCCGUCAAUGUCAAGAAGUCAAUAACUACUUCAAUAAUUCCUCACCAUCUAUACAAAUGCCUUCACCAUCAGCUAUGAUGACGAGGUCAUGGAGUUUUCAGGAUGAUAACGAAACCAGUAACGACGAGCGGGGUGCAUCUUUAUAUUCACCUCCACCCCAACCAUCUCAAGCUGAACGUUACCAGGAUGCUAGACAGUCCGCUUCUUCGAUAAACCGUCCUUCGCUCGAAAUGGAACUCAUAUGUGAUUUAAGAGGGCAUAUCGAGCAACUUCACAGCGAGAUUAGUGAACUAAGAAAAUCAGUUAUGACAUGCAUGGACAUGCAGAUGAAAUGGCAACACUACUCCCUUAAUCGUGAAGUUCAUUCGGUUGAAGGGGAAGGGAAGAAUUCAGCAGAUAGGACGCCUUGGAAACGUAGAUGUUGUAUUUGCUAUGAAAUGCAGGUGGACUCACUUUUGUACAGAUGCGGGCACAUGUGCACCUGUCUGAAAUGCGGGAAUGAAUUACAAUGGAGGAGUGGGAAGUGCCCAAUAUGCCGAGCUCCAAUACUGGAUGUUGUGCCUGCCAAGUGAUGACGCAUCGCAUCGAGUUCUUGCUCCAGAGGACCGUACGUCGUUUGCAUUAAUUCUUAGUUAACACUAAUUCAAAUUAAUGCAGCACAUUAAUUAAUUACCAUUUUCAUUUUCUUGUAAUAAUUUAAUUUUUGAAGUUUAAUCAUAUAUCUCAAUGGUUUUGUCUUUUGUAUAGUUUUUCCAUGUAAUCACUAGAUACAUGUAUCAUGUGUACUAUAUACCCUAUAUUUGGA